AUGGUGGACUUGCAGUUGGAGUACGGUCACGAGUCGCCCUGUCUGCUCGGAGGAAACAAGAGUCUUCUGAAAUCGGUGGAGGAGGAGCUGCAGCAGAGGGGCCAUGUGGCACACUUAGGGGAUGAUGAGGAUGAGGAGGAUGAUGGUGCAGAUGAUGAUGAAACUCACACUCAUAAGAUGAACACUAUCCUGAGACCAAAGGUCCCGCCCCCGCUUCCGCCCAAGCCCAAGUCCAUCAGCUCGCCCCAGCCCAAACAGGACGACAGCCAAUCGCACAGCGAGGACGACAGCGGCGGCGGCGGCGGGACCAUCAAGCGCUGUCCAGCCCCGCAGACGGCCAGCCCCGCCAAGCCCGCCUCCAACGUGCCCCCGCGGCCGCCGCCCCCGAGGCUGCCGCCGCACCGCCGGAGCAGCCUAGGGAACGGCCUGAGCGCCUCACACAAUGGUGAGCGCAACAGUCCUGCAGACAGACAACAGUCCACGAUGCCCCCUAGCGUCCCCAUACGGAAGGACAAGAAGGAUGUUCCGAUGCCAAGUAGCAACGGGCUCCCACCUACACCCAAAGUCCAUAUGGGUGCGUGUUUCUCCAAGGUGUUCAAUGGCUGCCCUCUCAAGAUUCACUGUGCCACCUCCUGGAUCAACCCCGACACCAGAGAUCAAUAUUUGAUAUUUGGCGCCGAAGAGGGAAUUUACACACUGAACCUGAAUGAGUUGCAUGAGACCACAAUGGAACAGCUUUUCCCUCGCCGCUGCACGUGGUUGUACGUCAUGAACAAUAAUCUUCUGUCAGUAUCCGGAAAAGCCUCCCAGCUGUACUCUCACGGCCUGCCGGGACUCUUCGACCAGGCCAGGCAGCUGCAGAAGUUACCCGUAGCCAUUCCCACACACAAGCUGCCUGAUAAGAUGAUACCCAGGAAGUUUGCCGUUUCCACGAAAAUUCCAGACACUAAAGGGUGCCAAAAAUGUUGCGUGGUGCGCAACCCGUAUACAGGCCACAAGUACCUCUGUGGGGCCUUCCAGUCCCACGUCAUGCUGCUGGAGUGGGUGGAAUCCAUGCAGAAGUUCAUGCUCAUCAAGACCAUCGACUUCCCUCUGCCGUGCCCGCUGGAAGUGUUUGAGAUGUUGGUGGUCCCGGAGCAGACUUACCCGCUCAUCUGCGUGGCCGUCAGCAAAGGGAGCGAGCUCAACCAAGUGGUCCGCUUCGGCACGGUCAACCCCAACCCCAACGCUACCUCCUCCUGGUUCACAGAGACUGACACGCCUCAGACGUGCGUGAUCCACGUCACUCAGCUGGAGAGGGACACCAUCCUCGUCUGCCUCGACCGGUGUAUCAAGAUCGUCAACCUCCAGGGCCGACUGAAAUCCAGCAGGAAGUUGUCGGCCGAGCUCACGUUCAACUUCCAGAUCGAGUCCACGGUUUGUCUCCAGGAUAGCGUGUUGGCCUUCUGGAGGCAUGGCAUGCAGGGGCGGAGUUUCAAGACCAACGAGAUCACGCAAGAGAUCUCGGACAGUACGCGUAUCUUCAGACUACUGGGGUCAGACAGACGAGAUGACCACAGAGAUCCCCAUGACAGAGGCGUCACUGUGGCAAGGGUGGUGGUGCUGGAGAGUCGGCCGACCGACAACCCGACAGCCCACAGCAACCUCUACAUCCUGGCGGGCCACGAAAACAGCUACUGACACACUCGCUCACGCACACACAGACACACACACAUGCUAACAGACCCCCCUGCAACCCCCUUUCCACAGUGUCGGAGAGACGCCGCGGUGCGUUCAAGGGCAGAUGACUUACGUAAGACACAAUAUCCUGCUCAUGACGCCCAACCAGGAGGUCGAACCUCCCACACCACUUGUACUACUUCGUUGUACACAUUGCGCUACUACUGCGGCCAUCUUGCACAGACCCAGCCCCCCCUCACUCUUAUUUAUUGUGGCAUGAUGUUAAUCCGCCAGCAGGACGACAACUCUCCUGGUUUUAUUGUGUGUGGAGAAAAAAAAACACAAAAAAAAAAGAGGAGAAGGCUUUCGGCCACCUCCGCUUAGCAACAACAGCCACAUAAGUGCUUAACUGAUGUCUAUUUAAUUGAUGUACAUAUAAAUGUAGUAUUUUUGGACAGAUAUGAACACUAAAACUGCUCGUGUGUAGUUAGGCGUGUGCGUAGUUGCCCGGCACAAACAAACAAACAAACAAGCAAACAGUCAGAUGGCGGACAGACGAGGGGAAGUAGGCGACUCUCUUCCUGGUUCCCUGAUAUGUGACAAGGAAGCAGCGUGUGGACCUGUCGAGAGAUGCAGAUACGCUAUGACGACUGGUUCAUUCUACACCCACGCCCCCCCUUUUUUUUUUUUUAAACAAACAUAUUUCAUUUUUAUGCAGUUCUGAUCAUAAGGCUUUUUAUGUUUGUUUGUUUUUUUUAAUUGAACCACUGGUGUUAAACAUUUGCACAGAGAAAAAGGUGUGAGAGAAAUGUGAUGUCAUGACGCGCGAGUGUGUGUGCGUGUGUGUUAUAAAUGUGCGUCUGUACAUACAUCUGGUCCAUAGCAAGCAUCAUGAACGUCGGUUUUCUCCUUUUUGCGUUUUAAAAUGACUGAAGGGGGUUUUUUUUUGGUCACUUGAUAAUAUUUGGAUCAAAUAUAGACUUAAAACUAAAAGGAGCUUUUGGAUAAUGUUAAAACGUUCCCUCUUUGCUACAAAAACAACAAAAAAAACUGUCGGAAAAUGUAAAUGUAAACUGUAGUAGCAAAAGUUUCUCUUCUGAGCGGUGUGAUUUGAUGUCAACGCAACGCAAUCAUCAUGCCGCAUCUUUUUUGGGUGGUUUCCCCUUUUUCAUGAUCUCUUUAAACGGUCUCAUUAGCAACUUUAACCAGAGCUCAAGCUUGCUUUU